AUGACUUCAAGCUACCGAAAGGCCAACUGCCAAACUCCCCAAAAAAUCUACAUUCUCAUAAUUCCUAGUUUUACAAUCCAAUUUGAACUCUUCAAGUCCUUCUCAACAACUGGAACACCUCACCUCGACAUCGGAUCCAGACAGCUUUGCGCUCAUAAGAAUAAGUUUCUGCUCAUCGCACUCUUGGCCUUUUUCCAAAAACAACACAUGAUGUCACUGCCCUCCGAUUCCAAAUCUCUUCCAUGCAAUUCGGUUCCACUCGCACGAAAGUCCCAAGUGGCUCCUGAACCUCUAGAACAAGGACCAUCCUCAACUGCGAGUUAUAACCCUCCUCCUCCGCUCUACGCGCCCGGCUACGUUGGAUCAACUCCAGGUUACCAGCAUACAGCUAUCGUACCUCAUGACUGUACGCAUGUGCAUAGUCUCGUUAGGGAAUGGCUUACCAGAAAUCGGGCAAAGGAAGUUCACCGUUCAAGCGAUGAAAGGCAAUCGAAUCGCCCCUCUUUGAAACGUAAAGCGAUAUCCAACGAAGACGAGAAAGCUCGAGUUCAAAAAGCCCACGUCGACCACAAGCAGGACCUCAAGAAGUCAUCUUCCAAGGCCCUUUAUCCUACUGAAUCCAGUUUUGGUUCCUUAUCGAACUCCAACUUACCCGGUCCUCGCAGCUUUUACGCUCACCGCUUGGCACACGCCGAAAAUAAGAUCCGUAGAAAUAUCAAUCCCAAUUCGGAAGCGCGGCAAUGA